CCAAGAGAAGUAAGAAUGCGCGCUCUGCCGUUCCAGCUGCCUUUGUAAGCAACCCAGAGAGAAGCCAAUGGAGGAGCCAAAUCCAGCACGCCCUGAACUGGGGCAAGGUUUGGUGACAGGAGCGGGAAAAUCUCCGCGGGCCAUUCAAGCUGGAGCCAUCGGUGAAUUUCUGAGGUGGGCCACCCCUCAGCAGGGUAGGCUGGAGAGACAGGAGGGAAUGCCGUCACACGGAGAGGCCCAGUGGCAGGAAAUCCUGAAGACAGUUCAGUCUUCUCAUUCGGGCUGGACGAGUUCUCAGUUGCCGGAUCUGCCCCCGUGGGAUGACCUGUCCACGUUCGAGAGGGUGGCGGAUGCCUGCCAGUGGUCCCGAGGAGAAGGCAUGGCCAGACUCGUGCCAAGCCUCAGCGGAGAAGGCCAGCACUUCCUUACCAGCCUGGAGGCCAGAGACAGGGGAGAUUAUGGGAAGAUGAAGGCCGCUGCCCCCCGGGGGGAUGCCGCGGGUGCCGAGACGCAGCGCCAACGCUUCCGCCAGUUCCGCUACCAGGAAGCCGAGGGACCCCGCGAGGUGUGUAGCCGGUUGCGGGAACUAUGCCAUCGCUGGUUGGAGCCGGAGACCCGCACCAAAGAGCAGAUCCUGGAGAUGCUGAUCCUGGAACAGUUCUUGACGAUCCUGCCCAAGGAAAUCCAGAACCGAGUCCGAGAACGCGGGCCCGAAACGUGCGCUCAGGUCACGGCAUCGCUUCAAGGGGGGACCACAAACUGCUCUGAGACGUCACGUCCUCCAGCAAAUGCCAGGCCGAGGCAAAACCACAAAGAAGUCAGGCAGCAAGACAACGGGAAUGCCAGCUCACUGGGUGCCAAGUUUCUAGGAAGAGCUGGACAGUGUUUCCAGUGUCCAGACUGUGGGAAAAGAUUUAGGGGAGAGGAGGAGCUCCGGGCUCACAGUGGCAUCCACAGGAAGGACAGGCCUCACGCCUGCGCUCAGUGUGGGAAAAGGUUCACCCGCCCCUCAGGCCUGGCCAAGCAUUUGAAAACGCACUCGGGAGAGAAACCCUACCACUGCGGCCAGUGCCCCAAAAGCUUCAUUCAGAUGUCCCACCUCACCAGGCACCAACGAAUCCACACUGGGGAGAAGCCCCACCCUUGCACUGAAUGUGGGAAGCGUUUCAACUGCCCGUCGGACUUGGCCAAGCACCAGCACAUUCACACGGGAGAGAAACCUUUCCGUUGCGCCGAGUGCGGGGCGAGGUUCAACCAGUUCUCACACCUCACGAGGCAUCAGAGGAUCCAUACGGGAGAGAAGCCUCACGCCUGUACCGAGUGCGGGGAAACCUUUAGCCAGCGAGCGCAUCUUAUCAGCCAUCAGAGGAUCCAUACGGGAGAAAGGCCGUAUCGGUGCACCUACUGCCAAAAGUGUUUCAGCCACCUCUCGGCCCUCACGGUACACAAGAGGAUCCACAUGGGCCAAAGGCCCUACGGCUGCCCGGAGUGCGGGAAAAGGUUCAUCGCCUCAUCGGCUCUAACCAGGCACCAGAGGACGCACUCGGAAGAGAGGCCUCACACUUGUGACGAGUGUGGCCGGAGGUUCAACCAACUCUCACACCUUCACAGGCACCGACGUACCCACUCAGGCGAGAGGCCUCAUAGCUGCGCCGAGUGCGGGAAAAGGUUCAACCAGCUGUCCUCUCUCACCAGGCACCAGAAAAUCCACUCCGGAGAGAAGCCUUUCCCCUGUGACGAGUGUGAGAGGAGGUUCAUCCGGCUGGCCGACCUCAUCAUCCACCAGAGGAUCCACACAGGAGAGAAGCCCUAUCGUUGCGCUGAGUGCGGAAGGAGGUUCCGUCAGAGACAGACUCUUGUCAAGCACCAGAGACUCCACCCAAGAGCAAGUUCUUAACAAUACACCAAGGGCAGCGACGCUCACCCUUUGGGGGGGAUUUAUAACCAGAACGUGGAUAUUCCAAGAGAGCAAGAGAGUUUUAAUCCUGAUACUGAAUUUUCUCCACUCACCUUAUCUGCUGUUUCUCUUUGGUACCACUGAGGGAACGGAGCUUUACCGUCAUGGUUUCCAAACCAUUUUGACAAAGUGGAUCUUCCCGUAGAAUGUUGUCUUAUGGACCCAAAGAUCUCACACACAUUUCCCUUUUGUGUCCAUCCCCUGUUGUCCAAACACCCCGACAAUGGCAGCUUGUAGUAUUGGAUCAGGACCCAAUGCUGAAUCUAUUCGAGAAUGGAACCGGAAGUUUCUCACAAUAGUCUAGCGCCCUGAAGACUCUCUGAUCAACAAAAUGUUAUCACCAUGAUGAAGAUAUUUUAGUGUA